ACGAGCGUUGUUGGCGGUGUAUAAGUAUCGCCGUCGUGAAGUUGCUGUUCAGUAGCAUCGAGUAACCGAUACCGGACGUACGGAUAAGAACGCUCAAACUUCCAACAUGGCCGAACAAAGUCGAAUGAACAUUAUCAAUGGAGUAGCGUCCUUGUUGGUUUUGGCGUGCGGCGUCAUCAUGAGCUCCCUCAUCGGUGCCCUCUUAAAUAAGGCGAAAGAGUUGAUUCAAACUCAAACCGACUACAACAUCUCCUUCUCAGACCAACCUGUGUGGGCCCUGGGUUUUGCAUACAUCAUCCCUGGAGUGAUCGGUAUCAUCGUGACGGUGGUUAGAGCCAAGGGUGGCUACAUUGCCCACAUGGUGUUCUCAAUACUCACCCUUCUCGUGAUGGGAAUCUUCGCCAUUGUUGGAAUCAUUGCCCUCGGUGCUCUGGCUUCCAUCAAUCCACCAUCAUGCAGUACAUUGGGUGAUUCCAGUGCUGCAUGCUCCGAAGCCGAGUCUAUCUAUGGAAUGGGGGUAGGAGGUAUCGUCAUGAUCGUGUUCGGCUGGAUCUUCACCCUGGUGUCCACAAUCCUCACUGGCAUUCUGGCCUGCAAGCCUCAGAUUGCGAGCGGCCCUACGCAGUUCAGCUCACAGCCGUAUCCAACAAAGCCUUUUUAGUCCAAAGUGAAUAUUAACGUUACCACGUCGUCAUAAUAUCGGUUGUUAUAACACAUUGGAAGUAUCACAUUGUUACGUCGGAUGCCCCCGUUUUAGACAUAAGGGCAACGUUUUGAUUUCUGUUUCUCAUCGCCCGACCGACUGUAAAUUGGCCGCCGAUCGAUAUUA